AUGGCUGGUUUUUACAAUCUUAACAGGGAUCCAACAUACGACUCCAAAGCAUACAUUUCUGUCUCGGACUCCAUCAAUGCUUCCAUUGACACCACUCUCAGAUUCGUUGGUAAAAACCUUGAAACCCGAGGCUGCUGCAAUGGUCUCAUACUAGCUCGUCGGUUUGAAUACAAUGCAAGAGAUUAUUAUGUUUGCAACCCAGUUGCUAGAAGCUGGACUUGUGUUCAAAACAUAAACAUAGAUGAUAACUCAUCUCUGUUCCUCACAUUCGAUCCAAAUGUCUCCUUUCACUUUACUCUGCUUCGACUGGAAGCACAUUACAGGAAUUACUGCCUUAAGUUUGCAAAGUACUCGUCGAGAACACGCACUUGGACUUGUCAUAAAGUUUCUACUGAACCUUCAGAUUAUUUCUUUCUUCGAAAUGGUGGCAAAGUUUACUUGAAUGGUGUUCUUCAUAUGGUUUCCAGUCAGAAGUAUCUACUCAGCAUUGAUCUUGAGACUUUGGUUUGUCGAAGGAUUAAAAUGCCGGCGAUGAUCUAUAGUGGAGUUCUUGGUAAAUCCCAGAGAAGAUUGCAUUAUGCUUUGGCAAUGGUACAGAAAGGCGUAAAGGAGAUAAGUGUAUGGAUGCUUGAGGAUUCUGAAAAAGGAGAGCGGGUGUUGAAGUAUAGAGUUGCCAUGGAGUCUUUUUAUGAUAUUGUGGAGUUUCAUCUAGACAAGGAUGUUAUUUUUCUGAGAAAGCAACACAUUUCUGAAGAAAAACUCAUGUCUUACAACAUGAAGAAUGGUGAGUUGAAGGAGGUUUGUGACUUGAAACACUGGGGAUGGGGAUAUUGCUUGCUUUGUGUUUUUUCUCCCUACUAUGGGAAGGAUUAUCUGGAGAAUAAAAGAGAUGCAUGA